GGCGCCACAUAUUCCAACAAGAAAAAUAUAUUUGCCAACACAACAGGGUUGUUUCUGUGAAAAUUCGUGAAAAAUGGAUGGUGCAAAGGCAGGAAAUGAGUUGUUCCUCGUGCGGAAUCACUUCUACUUGGGAAACUUCCAGGAGUGCAUAAAUCAAGUGCAAAAAAUCAAGAGUCCAUCCGUGGAGAAGGAUAUGUUCCUGUAUCGUUCGUAUAUUGGUCAGAAGCAGUAUGGAAUUGUUCUGGAUGAGGUGAAGAAUAGCAGUGAGUUGUAUCCCAUUCGCUUGAUUGCUGAGUAUUUCAGUCAACAAGACCGGAAGGCAGCGAUUGUUCAGCAAGUUGAUGAUUACGUGGAGAAACAUCGAGGUUCUAUGGAUCUAGCAUGGAUUGUUGCAGCAGGAACCAUCUACUUCCAGGAAGGGCUCUAUGAGAAUUGUCUCAGGUGCAAAGAAAACUCAUUUCAAUGCAAUUCUUUUAAUAGAAAAUAUAUAAUUUUGACUUAUUUUGGGGAUUUUAGCAUUGCGGGAGAAGAUUUGGAGUCUCUGGCAUUGAGUAUUCAGUCCCUUCUUAAGCUGAAUCGCGUUGAUUUGGCCAAGAAAACUUACGAGACGAUGCAGAAGACAGAUGAGGAUGCCACAUUGACGCAAUUGGCUCUUGCGUGGAUUUUCAUGGAAGUCGGUGGGGAAAAACUUCAGGAUGCCUUCUACAUUUUCCAGGAAUUCUCCGACAAAUACACCCCAACUGUGCAACUUCUCAAUGGCCAGGCUGUCUGUCUCAUUGGGCAGGAGAAGUACGAGGAAGCUGAAUCCACCCUCCGUGAAGCUCUGAACAAAGAUCCCAACAACUACGACACCCUCAUCAAUCUCAUGGCUCUGUCGCAGCAACAGGAAACUGGAUGGGAAAUUCCCCAGCGGUAUCUCACGCAACUCCGUGAAAACUACCGAGAUUCCCCAUUCAUCCGGGAAUACACGAAGAAGGAGAGUGACUUUGACACAUUCGCCCAGCAGUAUGCCCCAUCGAAAUCCCUCAAUCUUGAAGCUUAUUAAAUUAAAAUUAUUACAUUUACAUUUUGAAUAAUCUUAUUUAUUUUUUUAUCUCUUAUCUUCGUCUCCAGCGGAGUUUUCUUAUUACAUUAAUUUAAAAAUAUAUAUAUGGUUCAGUUUUUUUUUUUUGAAAAUGAAAAAAGGACUAAAGCGCAGUAAAAGAAUAAAAUUUACGGGGAUCUAAGGAUGA